AUGUCUGACACCACAGAUAUGCCACACUCAGAACAGGACAACGUUAACCUGUCACAAAGCUCGGCCGACAGCAUAUUAGACUGGUCGCAAUUUUACGAUAUGUUCAUGAAUAUUGAACAACGUUUGCCAAAUUUUGAUCACAUGUUGAUGGCCAUGAAUGAUUACGCUUUUCAGAGAACUUCAAGACAAAGACAAACAAAUGAUUUAAAUGAAUUUUAUGGAGUGAUUAAAAAAGGUCUUAUUGAUUGGUAUACAAAUAGUAUUGAAAAUAAAAUUAAUAGGACACCUGAUUUUAUCGAUUUGACAAAUCAUGUUUUUGGUGAUGACAUAAUGCAAGUUGACAAAAAACUAGUUAGUACUACAAGUCCUAAAACCGAAACUAAUAAAAUUACAGACACUAGUGGUAAUGCAGAUGCUAGUAAAAGUACUAACACAAGUGCUAAUAAUACUGAUGCUAAUGAAAGUACAAGCACAAGUGCUAAUAAUACAGAUGCUAAUGAAAAUACAAACACAAGUGCAAACACAAGUGCUAAUAAUACAAAUGCUAAUGAAAGUACAAACACAAGUGCUAAUAAUACAGAUGCUAAUGAAAAUACAGACAUACGUGCUAAUAAUACAGAUGCUAAUGAAAAUACAGACAUAAGUGCUAAUAAUACAGAUGCUAAUGAAAGUACAAACACAAGUGCUAAUAAUACAGAUGCUAAUGAAAGUAUAAACACAAGUGGUAAUACAGAUGCUUGUGAAAAUACAAACUUAAGUGCAAACACAAGUGCUAAUAAUACAGAUGCUAAUGAAAAUACAAACACAAGUGCUAAUAAUACAGAUGGUAUUAAAAGUACAGCCACAAGCCCUAAUGAGGAUCCUAUUGAUAUUGAAGAAGCUGUUGCUAAAUUAAGGGAUCGUUUGUAUGCUGAAGAAGGUAUCAAUACUAAAAGGGCUAGUGCACAUUUCUUUAAUCGUUUAAAUAUUGCAAAACAUUUAAAAUAUAAUUACAGCCAUAAAGAUAGUAUGAAAGCAUCAGAAAUGUCUAAGUCAACUGAGACAAAUGUUGACACCGAGGAWAGUUUUAAAAUAAUAAUGCCUAAUAUGACUAAAUAUAAUACAAUCCAAAGGAAGAGACUUCCUAUCGAUAGUAAUAUCCAUCUUGGAAAUGAUUAUGAACGUCAUUGGUGGAGACAAACAAACGAUAAAAUUAUUUUAUAUGUGGAUAUAUCUGACUUAAUUUUUGAAUUAGUUCCAAAUAUUAAGGUAGAAGUAACCAUAAUUGGUUUUAAGAUUAAAGUAAAACGUUCAAACAAAUGGGUUGUUAUAUUGUCAAAUAAGUUUGAAAAAGCUAUUGCAAAAACCAAAUGGGUAGUCAAUAAAUACAAACAUGUCAAACUAACCAUUAAUAAGAAGGAAAAAGAAUUUUGGAGUAAAUGUCUGGUUACUGAAACAAGAGAACUCGAUACAUCAAAUUUUAAACAUCAUUCUUGUUCUAAUGAAUGCAACACACCCAAACCACCUAAAUUAGAAAUGCUUAAAACAAGAGAAGAAUGUAAAGAAAGAUCAAAGAUUAAGUCACCAGAAGAAUGUGACGAUGGAGAUAUUGAUACAUUUAUGAAAGAAAUAAAUGAUAUAGUUCCAAUUACAACUAAAAAACCGCAAGAUUCAGCUUCAACUUUGAAUUCGUCUGUAGAUACAAGUACAGUCAUGUCUCUGGAAUCUGACUCUGAAAAUCCCCAAAGUACACAACAAUUUUUCAUGGACUCUGAAUUUCCACUAACUUUAUCAGAUUGA